AUGCUAAGAGGCAGAAUUGGAAAAUGGACCUUGGCCUUGACAGAAUUUGCCUUCAGAUAUGUUCCUCAGAAAGCCGUCAAAGGACAAGCUGUGGCAGACUUCCUAGCAGAUCAUCCCGGAGAGGAGAUUGAAAAUAUGGACUCUUUAGACAUAGCAAAUGCAGAUCUAUUAACCAGAGCUCACACCUGCCUCAACAAUCCUAUCUACUCAGUUCAUCUUACACCUUGGAAGUUAUACUUUGAUGGUCAAAAACUGAUAUAA